AUGCAAGAAUCCCAGGUACCUAUCCCAGCUGAGUUCCAUUCUGACCUCCAUUACGUCGAAGCUCUUGACACACGAUCAAACGAGGAGAUUCUAGAUUCACUGUCCGAGCAUGCGCCCGUCACCUCGGAGAAGAAUGUAUGGACCUACUGGCACUCCGGCGUCCGCUCCAUGCCCGCCUGGUGCCAGCGCAAUGUCGUGAACUGGGUUCGCCUAAGCGGUCCGUCGUGGUCCAUCCGUAUCCUCGACAAUGUUCCCAGCUCGCCAAACAAUGCACUCAACUGGGUCUCUGCAGGACUGCUCCCGGAAACCUUCGUCAAGGGCACCAUGGACGGUCCCUAUACCGGCCCGCACAGUGCGGAUUUUUUGCGUGGCGCGUGUCUUUUCCUUUACGGCGGCGUCUGGAUGGAUGUCGGUAUCAUUCUUAUCCGUCGGCUUGAGAACAUCUGCUGGAGGCAGCUUGAGGACCCUGAUUCGCCUUUCGAGGUCUCCGUCCCAUGGAUGUAUGGCACAGUCAUGGCAAACCAUUUCGUCGCAAGCCGGAAAGGUAAUCCAUUCAUCAAGCGCUGGCAUGAUCUUUUCGUUCACCUAUGGAAGGACCGCAUCAACCCCGGUGGUAUGACUGAAAAUCCUUUGGUCUCGUUCGGCAAGCAAUUCAAAUUCGAGGACUCACAGGCAAUGAAAUACCAUUGGGAGUUUAAGGUCGAACCCCGCACGGUCAUGGAAUACAUCGGGCAGGUUCUGGCCUGGCUGCGACUGUGCAUGCUCGAAGAUCCGAACGACGGCUUCAACGGCGCGGAGUACUACGAGGACAAAGUCCUGCUGUUCGACUCACUGUCCGAGGACUGGGGCGCGGAAGCAACUAUUGGUUUCUCGGGGCAGGACCUUUUCAACGUGCUGACGACGAGAUGCGAUGCAGGCUCAGAAUCAGAGGAAUACCAGGCGGCAUAUAAAACCAUUUGGAGGCUGCUGACGCAAUCAAGUAUGCAGAAGAUUACGCAUGGGAAGAAUUUAACCAAGGGACUCGCGCUGGGCGUUCUGUGGGAUAUGGAAGAGAACCAGGGGAAGGAUGUAGCGCCCGGGACGUUUGCAGAAUUGCUCCGGUACGGUAGUGUGCAUUUUGAGCAAGAACGGGAGGAAAUUAGGUACGUCAAGGCUCAAAGGCCGGAGCAUACCAUCAAAAAGGGGCUACUAGAGCCUUAG